CUCUCUCUGUGUCUCUCUCUCUCACACACAGAAAGCCAUGAAUCAGCAUCAUCAUCAUCAUCAUAAACCACAGAAACCUCCAUCUGGGCGGACGAAUCUGGCAUCAUGUAUAGUGGCAACGAUCUUCUUGAUCUUUGUAGUGAUAGUGAUCCUCAUCGUGUUCUUCACUGUGUUCAAGCCCAAGGACCCCAAGAUCUCUGUGAACGCAGUGCAGCUCCCAACUUUCUCCAUUUCCAACGGCACAGUCAGCUUUACCUUCUCUCAGUACAUCUCAGUGAGGAACCCUAACAGGGCAGUUUUCACCCACUACGACAGCUCCCUCCAGCUCCUCUACUCCGGCAACCAGGUGGGUUUCAUGUUCAUCCCUGCCGGAACUAUCGACGCUGGUCGUACAAAGUACAUGUCUGCUACCUUCACCGUUCAGUCUUUCCCUCUUAUGGUUGCGCCGGCGACGACGACGAUGACAAUGAAUGCGACACCUACCAUCACCAACGGCUUCGAUGGGUCUAGGAUGGGACCCACGUUGGAGAUUGAGUUGAGGAUGAGGAUGGCUGGUAGAGUUAGGGUUCUGCGCUUCUUCACCCAUCAUGUGGAGGGCAAGGCUGGUUGCAGGGUCGCCGUUGCCGUCAGUGAUGGAUCUGUCUUAGGGUUUCAUUGCUGAUUUCUUCUUCUUCUUCUUCUCCCUCUCAAUUUUCGUGUGUUUUGGGUCUUCAAUCUUGAUUUGAAUCUGUAAUUCGCUUUGAGUGGAGGAAUUGUAAAAACAGUAACAGGGAA